AUGGCGAUUGGAGCCCAUUGGUGCUAUCCAUCACAGAAGAAUGACCAGUCACACUGUAUAGAGCCUCGAAAAUGGUAUGAAGUAGAUGCCAGCUGCAACGGAAGGAAACAGUCACCGAUCAAUAUUGUCACCAAAACUGUCGUUUAUGACAAGAGCCUUAAGCCACUCUACUUUGAAGGGUAUGAUGUGAAAGGGUCUUCAAAAUGGAACAUAGAAAACAAUGGACAUACAGUUAAAGUAACAUUAAACGGAUCCCCUAAAAUCGGAGGCGGGGGUCUGGGAAGAAAAUACAAGGCGAUAGAAUUUCAUUUGCACUGGGGAACGAGACUGGAAGGCGCAGAGCAAUACCUCCCCGGGUCAGAGCACAGCAUCGACGGAGAGAAACAAGCCAUGGAGCUUCAUGUUGUCCACAUCAGAGAAGAUGUUUCAGAUAUAACAGAAGCGAAGAAAGCUGAGGCUGGUGUGGCUGUGUUGGCAUUCUUUGUGAAGGUCGAAGAAGAAAAUAAAAACUAUGCUACUCUAAUAAAUGCAUUAGAGAAUAUUAAAUACAAAGGGCAAGCAGCACAGAUGGAGCCUUCGCCACUGAGCUCUCUCCUCCCACCUGAGGAAGACCUGGGGAAAUACUACCGGUACGAAGGCUCCCUCACCACUCCCGACUGCCACGAGGGAGUCAUCUGGACGGUGUUUGAGAAGCCGAUUGAACUCAGUGAUUCCCAGAUUUCUCAAUUUUUAAGAGUCCAUUUCGAAGACAAGAACUCAUCUGUCAUGGCCGAAAAUUUCCGGCCCGUGCAGUUUCUGAACGAGCGAAAGGUGUACUGCUCCAGCGGGAGCACCCUCCUGCCUCCUGCCCAGGGGUUAAUGCUGGCCCUGAUGCUUACCUGCCUCCUGGGCUCUCUUCUCCAAUGA